GCAGCCCGCAACCGCAAGACGCCUUCAAUUAAUCAAACCAAUUCAGGCAGGCCGCAGGUGCGAGAGCCGAGAGGGAGAGAAAAGAUGGAGAAAGGAGAAAACAAGGGUGCAGUGGCGUAUUUGCUGUGGGUCGUCACGAUUUUCGCCAUUUUUGUCUCGGUUGCUUGCAUCGAUGAUAAAUGUGCAGCUUGUAGUGCAGUUGCGGAAGAGCUAGAGAUUGGUCUUUCUAAUGAGAAACCAAGAAAUCAUUUGGAUAUGAGACAUCGUUUGGAUUCCAAAGGUCAACGUAGAGGAAAGGUAAUCGACUACAGAGUUAGCGAACUGAGAGUUGUUGAACUUCUAGAUGGGCUUUGUGAGAAGAUGCAAGAUUACACCCUUAAGAAGUUGGAUUCAACUAGAAUGGAAUGGGUCAAGGUGGAUGACUGGGACAACCUUACUAUUGAUAAACAAGAAGCACGGGCAUAUUCUAAAGAUAUAUCCUCUUAUUGUGGGAGGUUACUUGAAGAAACAGAAGAUGAGUUUGCAGAGUUGAUAAGAAAAGGAUCUGUUAAAGUAGGAGACGUAAGCAAGGUUCUAUGCCAAGAUCUCAGCAAGCACUGCAGUCAAACAAGUGGUUCUCAUCUGGCAGAGGAUGACGAGGAUGAUGAGGGAUCGGAAAGAGAUCUCUGAACACAAUCUUAACAAAAUUAAUAGCAUUCUUUUGAUGUUGCAUUCCAGGAGUAUGAGAUGUAAUUACACUUUAUUUUACUUUUGUAACACCAAAGUUUUGUUUCCCUUCAAUUUUUGUAUUGCCUUGCGUUAUAAUCUGGACAAGGAGUAUCCCAGUUUAUCAUAAAAAAAAUCGGUAACUUCUUGAUGCCA